GACGCUGACUGCGUGGAAGGGAAACUUGCAAACGGAGGAUUUGACUGAAGAUGGCCAGACAUGACAGUAGCGGUGCUGAAAGGGGUGGAGGUGUGCAGCUGAACCAUCCAAACAUGUCAGUAUCAACCAGAACUGUUGAAGAUGUGAGGACGGUCCUGAAGUCUGCCAGAGAGUGUGAUCCAGACAAUGUGAUGAGUUUCUAUGACAAAUGGGCAGCAGACUAUGAAAAGGAUGUCAACGCCAUUAACUACCAAGGGCCAAAUCUGGCGGCAGAUUUCAUUUUUUCUAACUUCAGCGGGAGUCCAGAGGAAGCUCGGGUCUUGGAUGUCGCUUGUGGGCCUGGACAGAUGGCUAAACUGAUGAGUGAAGUUGGCUUCAAACACUUUGUGGGAGUCGACUGCAGUAAAGGAAUGCUGGAGGAAGCUGCUAAAACUGGUCUGUAUGAGGACCUCAAACAGGCCAGACUGGGAACUGACCCACUGCCUGCACAAGCUGGUACAUUCGAUGUAGUGGUGAUGGUUGGUGCUCUACAACCAAAUCUUGUACCAUUCAGCGUUUUGAGGGACUUGUGCAAUGUCGCCAAACCAGGUGGUUUGAUUUGUCUCACAAAGGCUCAACACAGAACUGUCUCCGAAGACUUUGACGCUGCUCUGGAGAGAGAGCUGCAGCUCCUGGAGGACGAAGGACUGUGGACUCACGUAGGGUUCAAGAAGUCUGACAGAUACAUGAAAGAUUCAAAUAUGAUGGACAGAGAAAGUACACAGGAUAAAAAAUUUGUCGGUGGAUCUCUGUUCCUCUUCAGAAAACUCCUCAUUUGAUCUCACAUCCUCAGAAUCUUGGGCCCAAAGUGGAUCCAUUAGACCAGGGUUCGGCAACCCGUGGCCCCGGAGCCGCAUGUGGCUCUUUCAUCCCUCUUCUGUGGCUCCUGUGACUAAGAGAGGGCGAGCAUGUUUUGGAGAACAUAUGAUAUGAUUAAAUAACGGACACUUAAUUUAAAUUGAUUUCAUUCUGUUUAUUCAGGGGUUUUUUGUGUUGUUGUUGUAAUAGUUAUUUCUUUAGAGAUUGAGAUGCUCUUGUAACAUUAACGUAAAACUUUUAAUAUUUUGUCGAUCCAAAUAUCCAUCAAGUCCUGUUUGCUACACUUGUUGCUGCCAAAUAAGUGACUACUGCUGACAAAACUGGUUUACCGGUAUGCUUAAUAUGUGGUGAGAAAUUAGCAAACAUUUUUUUUAAUUAAUUAAUGCUGACAAUUAUUUUUAAUUUCAUAAAAGUAACAUAUUAUAGUUCUCAUAUAUAAAGUAUAAGUUUAAGGAAGCUACGUGUGGUGUUACUUUCAGUUUUGUGGCUCCGAGUGGGUUUUAAUUUGGUGGGAAACAGGCGAGAUGUCUCUUUUAAUGCUAAAGGUUGCCCACCCCUGCAUUAGACCAAAGGAAUCAGUAACUGUUUGAUGUAUUGGGUGUUUUGUGGUGCACAAAAUAAACAUUGAUGGAAAUUA